UUAGGAUUGCUUUAUAGAGCUUUUGAGAUUUAUAAUAAACACCUAAAUGAUCUUCUAAAAUCUGCAAAAUUAGAAAAUCAAAAUGGAAAUUUCAUCAAAACUCAGAAAAUAUGCAAUGAAUUACUUAUGCAAAAACCUAAUGAUUUAAAUGUAAUUUUGCUGAUUGCUGGAUCAUUUUUUAAAUGUGGAAACUAUGAAAAAUCUAAUAGUUUCUUGGAAUCAGCAAGAACUUUAAAUCCAAAUUCGUUUGAAGUGUUGAGUGACAUUGCAUUUAACUAUUGGAAACAAUCUCAAUAUGAUUUAGCAAAAUAUUACUUAGCUGAAGCUAUUGAAAAGAAACCUGAAUAUUGUAAUGGUUGGAUUAAUUAUGCUGAAUCAUUAAUUAAAACAAAUUAUGUAGAAUUUGCUGAACAUGUUUAUAUUCAAAUUUUAAAUUUAAAACCGGAUUCAUAUAUUGUACGAAAUAUGUAUGGAAAAUUGCUUCUAUCCUUAAAUAAAACAGAAAAUGCUAAACAGCAAUUUAAGAUUGCUCAGAAAAUUGCGCCAGAAUCUCAAGAAGCAUUGAGUAAUUUAGGAGACGUUUAUUUGAUGACUGAUAAAUUUGACAAAGCUAUUUUAAAUUAUCAUAAAGCUUUAGAAGUAAAUCCUAAUCUGAUAAUGACUUUGGUUAAUUUAGGAAUGGCUUAUCUCAAACUAACAGACUACCAAAAAGCAGCUAAUGCAUUUGAAAAAGCUAUUGAAUUGGAUCCAGAAAAUAUCUCUGCUUUCAAUUAUUUAAGAGUUAUAUAUUGUUAUCAAGGAAAUAUAUUAUCAUCUGUAGAAACCUUCAAAAAAAUUUUGAAAGUUCAACCUGAUAAUUUAGAUAUUAAUUUAGAAUUGGCUUUGAUCUACAUAAAUAUCCUCAAUGAUUAUGAAGAAGCUGAAAAUUAUUUAAAAAAAUGUAUCGAAUUGAAUUCACAAAGAGAAGAUCUGUAUAAGCUUCUUUUUACAGUUUACAAAAAGUCAAAUAAAUCUAUAAAUGCAUCAGAUAUUUGUAUUUCAUUGGGCGACUUAUAUUUGGAUCGUUUAGAUCUAGAAAAUGCAAUAGAUGCAUUUAAUACUGCAGUGGAUUUGAAUCCUGAGAAUGCACUUGGUUAUUGGAAAUUUGGACUCAUUAUGCAUAAACUGGGUCAUCUUAAUUUGGCUUUAUCUAGGUAUAAAACAGCUAUUGAAUUGAAACCAACCCUUAUUGAGGUAUAUUGUGAUAUUGGAGUAGUUUAUGAAGAUUUAGAUGAAUAUGAAAGAGCUCUACAAUAUUACAAAAUGACUCUUAUUUUUCAACCAGACCAUUUAAAUGCUUUACUUAAUUUUUUAUAUUUAAAAAAGAAGUUGGGCCAAUAUGAUGAUAUUGAAAACUUUAAUAGGAUUCUUCAAAUUGAUGAUUCAGAUGCAUUAGAUUUGCAUUUAGAUUUUGCAAAUUUUUUACAGAAGGAGUCUAUAAAUCUUAAUGAUGCUCUUCUUCAUUAUGAAAAAGCUUUAACAUAUGACAAUACAUUAAUUGAAAUUUAUAUAUGUAUGGCAAACGUAUAUAACAAGUUAAACAAUAAUAAAGAGGUGAUUCAUGCUUAUGAAGCUGUGUUAAAAAUAAGUCCAGAUUUUCCAGAAAUAUAUUUUGAUUUAAUACUAUAUUUACUAAAAGUCUGUGACUGGUCAAAAUACGAUUCUUACAUGAUCAAAUUAAAAGAAAUAAUUAAUAAACAACUCGGGGAUGAUCAAGUCUUGUCCUUACUACCUCAUGAUUCAUUAUUAUUUCCAUUAUCAUCUGAAGUACAAAAAAAAAUUGCUACUAAGUAUGUACAACAAUGUGUUGAGGAAUUAGAAAAAUUAAUUGAUGAACCACAACAGUUUCUUCACCCAACAUCUUUAAACGGAAAACUAAGGAUUGGUUUUAUAUCAACCAACUUCAGUAAACAGCCAAUAACAAAUAUCAUGGAAUACGCAUUCAAAAUGUACUCAGCCAGAGUACAAUUUUUUUUUUAUUCUUUAUCUUCAAGUGAUAAUAAGCCAGCCUGGAUGAAUAUUACCUCAGAAAACUUAAACUUUGAAGAUUUGUCACAACAUAGAGUAAAUGAUGCUGCAAAAGUUAUAAAUAGUAAUGAAAUUCACGUAUUAGUUGACAUGUGUGGUUAUACUAAGAGUUCCGUAAUUAAAAUAUUUGCUUUGAGACCGGCUCCAAUUCAAGUUUCAUGGCUUAAUAAUCCUAGUACUAGUAAUGUGACUUUUAUAGAUUAUUUUUUUAGAUUUAAUUCAUAUUCUUCUAUUAAUCCCCCAAAUGAAUAUAAUGGAAAAUUGUUUAACUUACGUUCAACUAUUUUUCCUGGUAAUCACAUGCUGAGAUUUCCAAAAUUAAUUCAACGUAAAGUUAAAGAAAAUAUAUUUAAUAUAUUAGAUACAAAAAAUGUAUGUUUGACUUCUAUAUCCGAUUUUGAUAAUCAAGAUGAUAUGCAUUUUCAUGAUAUAUAUAUUCAAGAAGAACCCUUAAAAGAAUAUGUGAGAGCAUUAUACAACUUACCAGAUGAUGCUAUUGUUUUUUGUAAUUUCAGUAAACUCUAUAAAAUAGACCCAUUUACUUUCCGUAUGUGGCUAACUAUUUUAGAUAAAGUUCCUUCCUCUGUAUUAUGGCUUUUACAUUUGAAUGGUGCUGCUGAAGAAAACUUAAAAAAAUUUGCUAAUGAUUUAAAGAUUGAUUCAUCACGUAUUAUUUUUUCUGAAUUAACUGACAAAUAUCGACACUUGAAUCGAAUUCAGUUAGCUGAUGUAUAUUUGGAUUCAUAUUUAUACAAUGGGCAUAUGGCUUGUUUGGAUGCAUUAUGGGCAGGAGUUCCGGUAAUAACAUUACCGGGAAAAACAUUUUUAUCCUGUGUAACGGCUUCACAAUUAUCUGCUUUAGGAUUUGUUGAUACUAUAGCUAAAAAUGAAGAAAACUAUAUUGAAAUUGCAAUAAAAUUAGGGAUGAACAAAAAAUUAUUGGAAGACAUAAAAAACAAAAUUUGGGAUUUAAAAGUACUUGGUAAUUUGUUUAAAAUAGAUUUGUAUACAAAUGAAAUUAUGGAAUGCCUAAUAAAUGCAUGGGAAAUUAAAUAAUUG